ACUAUACCCUUACGUCACUUCCGGGUUUAAUCGGACAGUAGUAGAAAAAAAAAUUGGUUGCAAUGAAUUUCAGCUAACUAGCAACCGAUAACUGUCAGUACAUUUGAGCAAAACCAUCCAUGUCAAGACACGAGAAGGAUUUUCGGAGUCUUGUGCUGCUUCUGUGCACAUAUAGGGACACACCAGCCUGCCUGCCAACCUACUGUGAAUCGUUGUAUAUAUGCUAUGUCAACAUACUGCUCCCGUUCUGUGCCCACAUCACUGGAUAACGUUAGAGAUCCACCUGGCUCAGUGACUAGACCAGAAAACCUUGGCAACGUUGUGUGCCAGUUCAUUUCAAGACCCAGGGAUUUCUGAAUCCAGAACGGCAAGGCGGAAUAACGGUGCAACAUUCCCACCUUGAACAGGCUGUAUGAAAGGGGCUACUGAGUGAAACCCUGCUGUGAAUCAGAGAAGAUGAACGGUCUGUCCAUACGAGAGCUAUGCUGCCUGUUCUGCUGCCCCCCUUGCCCCAGCCGCAUUGCAGCCAAACUGGCUUUCCUCCCUCCAGAGCCCACCUACGCCCUUCUCCCUGACCCAGAUCCAGGUUCUGGAGCUGGAACUGCUUCUGGGUCCAGCUCCACGGCUGCUCCACCUUCUCUUGGAGCCCCAGGACUACGUUCCCGUCUGGGCACUGGUAGUGGAGGUGACAGAGGAGGUGGAGGUGGUGGGGGUGGAGGAGGAGGAGGAGGAGUAGGGGCAGGAGGUGGCAGCAGCGGUGGGGCUGAGGGCAGGUGGAAACUUCAUCUCACAGAGAGAGCGGAGUUCCAGUAUUCACAGAGGGAGCUGGAUGUGACCGAUGUAUUCCUGACCAGAUCUAGCCGAGGGAACAGGGUGGGGUGCAUGUACAUUCGCUGUGCCCCCAAUGCCAGGUUUACAGUGUUGUUUUCCCAUGGCAAUGCAGUAGACCUGGGCCAGAUGAGCAGCUUCUACAUCGGCUUAGGCACACGCAUCAACUGUAACAUCUUUUCCUACGAUUACUCAGGCUACGGUGUUAGCACUGGCAAGCCCUCAGAAAAGAACCUUUACGCUGACAUUGAUGCCGCCUGGCACGCCCUGCGCUCCCGGUAUGGCAUCAGCCCUGAGAAUAUCAUCCUGUACGGACAGAGCAUCGGCACGGUGCCCACUGUAGACUUGGCAUCACGGUUUGAGUGUGCAGCUGUGGUCCUCCACUCUCCUCUCACCUCUGGCAUGAGAGUGGCCUUCCCUGACACCAAGAAAACAUACUGCUUCGAUGCCUUCCCUAACAUAGAGAAAGUGUCAAAGAUCCCAUCUCCAGUGCUCAUCAUCCAUGGUACAGAGGACGAGGUGAUCGAUUUCUCUCACGGCCUUGCCCUGUUUGAGCGCUGUCCCAAGGCCGUGGAGCCCCUCUGGGUGGAGGGAGCCGGUCACAACGACAUUGAGCUUUACAGUCAGUACCUGGAGAGGCUACGGCGCUUCAUCAACCAGGACCUGGCUGCACAGCAUGCCUGAGAAACAAACAACAGCCUCUAUGCGUUUGUAUGAAUGAGACUGUGUGUGUGAGUGUGAGAGAGAGACUGACUGAUUUAGAAAGAGGACGUCAGCAUGUUUGCAAAGUGUGGGUGAGAAAUUGAAGAUGUGUGAUUAUUAUUUUUUUGUCACAUCUGUGUGUCUUUGAAGCAGCACACCUUUUAGGUUACUUUUCAACACAACAUAUGUUUAAAAUAAUUUCCUGUUUUAAAGGUGAGAACGCUUUUUAAUAUAUUAGCCGUAUUCACGUGUGUGGUGAAACACUAAAAACGAGAACUGAGAUUAAGCAACUUUACAAAUACGGUUUUUAACGUGGGAGAAGUUAGGAAUUACAGCUUUAAAAUGUGUCGCUCACAUGAAUUAAGAAGUAACAACAAUGUGCUUUGUCCAAAAAGGCACACAGAUGUAAUUUUUAAGUAUGACAUGUUAGUGAAUGUAUGAGUCAUGGAUUAAGUGUUUAUUCAUAUCUCCAUGGACCCGUGACACCUGAAUAAUGCGUGUGCAUGUUUGAAUGUGUGUGAGAGUGUGUGAGCGAGGCAGUGCUGAAAGAAAUGAAGGACAUCCUGAUGACUUGGACAGCUGCAAGUGGAGGAGGCUUAUGGAGACUUAUCAAUAUUGAUGGGCGGGGGGGUUUCUUCUUCUUCUUCUUUUUUUUGCGUGUAUGUAUGACGAAUACCUCCACAGCUUGACCAGUUCUCUCUCCAGUGAACAAACACUGGUCAAGCAUGUGCCCCCCCCCCAAACUCCAUGUUUACUUGUUAAUGGACAUCCAUCUGACUGCCAGGGCAUUUCCCAAGUUGUUGUCACAGCUAACACUAACCUACUUUAUUUGUAUAGUUUGGGGGUCCAUCUCCUGUCCUUUUGUGUCAGUUAUGGUGGAUACACAAGGACUAGCCUGGAAUACUGUCUGUUGGGUGUCUCAUAUUUUCCUCUUCCUCAUUUUUGACUCUGAUUAGAUCGCAGAAUGGCCAGCUUCCACUUAAUUUCCUGGCUGUGCUGUAGCUUUAGCCUUUUGCUGUCCACAGAACUGACACAGCAGCAACUUGUAUUGCUUUUUCCCAUCCCAGUGCUACAUAUUUGUAAGCAAGAAUGAUGGUGAGGUUGAAAUGGAAACAGGUCGAGAGCCACAGUGAGAAUAUCUCUGUUUAUGUGGACUUUUCUUUGGCAUUAAUAGAACAGCUACAGAAGUGCAGGUUUACUCAUUUUCAUUUUCAUGUCACAUUGGAUCAUUUGGCUCUAAACAGAAGGCUGUAGCCCUUCAGUAUUUACUGAUAUGUAACGUUUAAAAGUUGGGCAGACUGCACUGACUUGGUAACUGCAGGAAUAAGUCAGAUUCAAGUCUGAAGUGCAGCUGCUGAGGAGGUCUUUGAAUAAUUUGCCCUUUUUGGAGCUUGAUAUUCUGGCUGAAUUUGGAGGAUCUAAAGGUUUAAGGAGACAAAGUAGCUGCUCAGUUCACCAAACAAAUGAGGAUUAUGUCCGUUUUAUUCAGAAUAAUCUUUUGCUUCAUCAGAAUCUCUUUUGUGUAAUAUUGAUUAACUUGUAGUCUUACAGCACAGUUUGUCUUGUUCCAGUAGCACUCAUUACCAGGGUUAGUCAGCCUCCUGUUCAUAUUCACCCUCAGCACAUUGCUUUCUAACGUUUUUGUCUUGAUGUAAUUAAUCAAGCGUGUUUGUCAUAGUGUGUAGGGCCAUGGAUUGUUUGUUUCAGAACCACGUGUGUCGACGUUAUGACUAACAGUGUGAUUCAGAUCGGGUGCCAGGACGGGACAUCAUGCCUACUAGCUCUGUUUAACCUCUGUGGCCCUAAAUGUACAGGAGCUCUCUUAUGGGUGGCAGCACGCUUCAUGUCUGACACAAGCCAUAUUUGAGCCUCUCACUGUUGGUGUGGUGCAGGUUCCACCACACACAUACCUUUGCACAUCAUCACACACACAUACACACACAUUCAAACACAACAUACACACAUAAUACGUGUACUGUAGUAUACAGUAUAUUUACACAUUUAUAUAUAUCGGAUCAAGCAUGACAAAAGCAGGUCUUAAGUUCAGCACUAUUGUACAAAGCAUCCAGUGUAAUAAGGGUAUAAAAUGUAAGUUUGUGUGUCCAUUAUUAUUGACUGUCUUCUACAGGCCAGCAUCAAGGAUACUAACAUCACUUUUGAAUAAGUAGUAAUAGGCCCUGUGUGUAGAUCUGAAAAAGUACAAGAACUGGUUUUAUGGUCGCAGGCUAGCACCACAUUUCAGAUCCACACAAGGUGUCUGCUUCAUAGGAGACCCAUCAGUUUCAGUGAUAGUAGCUGCGUUUCUUUAAAGGAACAUGUACUGAACUAGCACUGAUCUGAUUACUCCAUUUUGGGAGUACAAGUGGGUAGACAGGGAAUCUUUACAUUCUCAUCCUGUGCUUUGUGUCUCUGAUAUUUAAAUAAUGGAAAUCUGUUACCAUCUUGAGCCAAGGAUCUGAGCUGUCAGAAGAAUUAGAGAGAGUUGUUGCCUCUCUCUCUACGAAAGUAGAAGUAGGCCUCAGUUUCUCUUGGACAGGUCGUGUUAUCAGGGAAACCACUGGAUCCACCUUUUACUCAUGGGGUUAAAGAAACGGGGUGGAAACUUGCCGUUUUAUAGAUGCACCACUAUGGUUGAUCUAUAUUGUAUCCUCUGGCCCUGAAUGUUUAUUGAUGGGGGUGGGGGGGUCGAACAGUGAAAACUGUAUGCAUGUCUAUUGUGUUUUGCAGAGCAAGUGACGGGGUGGGACGUUAUCUGUAUUAUGUAUUCUAUGUGAGGGUAAAGUUGAACUCAUGGCAUUGGAAAAUUGAAGCGCUUUUUAAAAAAACGGGAAGUUUAUUUGAAUUUUUUAUUGCUGAUACUAACUGAUGUAUUAUGAGUUUUGUGCUAGAGUUUGAGUGGGGCAGUGGUGGGUGGGUGGGGUGGCUAGACAAUAUUAGUGGGCUGUUUAUAUGGUUACUGUACUUAACUAUUCUAUUCUUUGUAUUAUGAUUUGUAAUUUUAUGUUGCUUUUUUGAACUGAGAAUAUGAUGUAAUGAAAUUAAUUCAUGGGACUGAAUCUUGACCUUUUUAUGGACAACAAAAUAAUAAAUAUCACUUAUGUACAAAAA